AUGUCGUCGGCGACGAUUGCUUUGGGUCAUAAAAAUCCAAGCCACACGACCAGCGGUACGCAACAACAGCCGAAAAGCAACAGCAAUCAAAUAAAAUCUACCAGCUGCAACAAAAAUAGUAACAACAUGAGCAACGCGAUCAGCAAUCAGCAGCUCCUUAGCAAUUCUACAACAAAUCUGAGCGACUCAAGGUCCAAUCUAACCAACCCGGCGGCGGCGCCUACGCCCUGUCAACGUUUAAGUGAAAUGUUCCGUCGUUCGAUUGCCAGCAGCGUACAAUCAAGUUCGCGUGAAAAUACCUAUGAAGAGUUGAACUCGCUAGAGAAAGCAACAGUGGCCAAACAGCUAGAUCGUGAGCAAGUCGCUGUAGUCAGAUAUGCAAAAUGGUAUAAGUAA